UUGGUUUGUUGUGACUUCGAAAUUUGCAUUCGAAAGUUACAGCUUUUAAAAGGGAAUUAAAGUAUUAAGUUUUGUUUGGCGAAAAUCAUUAAGAAUGAGCAAGGACGCCGUGACAGCGAGAAGGGAUUUAUAUUGCUUAAUCUGUUUUACGAAAUUCACUUCGAAACGACCGGAAUUUAUUCCAAGGAAUCUCAACUGCGCUCAUUCGUAUUGUACAGGUAUCUGUGUUUUUAUGAAGUAUUAAGAUUUGUUAGACUACGCGUGUACGAGGUCAGACGAGUCCGUACCGCGGUUCCAUUUCAUGUUCCAACGAGGAAUUAGUAGGGUUACUUCAAUUUCUCAUUUCGUCGCUGUGAACGAGACGGGCGAAUUCGUUCGAAUUUAGUAUGAUUUCGAAUUCCUUCCGUUCAAAUGUAGCCUUAUACCUUUGUAUUAUUUUAGAUAUUCGGUGCCUUUGCUAUCUUUAAUGAUGUUUUUAUUAUUAGUGUUUGGUAAUUUCUUAAUGAUUUGUUAAAAAUUUGAUGCAUAUAUUGUUUAAGGACUUUAAGCCUUGGCAAUUGUGUAAUUCAAUAAACUCUUUUUUUAAGUGCAUAUUUAUGCUUAGGGACAAUAUAUAUCAAUAAGGGAUAGAGCUAUUCAGUAUAAAUAAAGUUAGCUUAGGUUUCCUCCUGUAGUAACACUGGAUCAAUAAGAGAUUAAUUCAUCCUUAAUGAACCUCUAGGAAGAACAGUUUAGAACUGAUAGAGCUAUCCAGUGUAAAUCAAGUUAGUUUAUAUAGUUUAUGUUUCAUCCUGUAGUAACACUAGAUCAAUAAGAGGCGAUCCUUACUGGACCUCUAGGAAGAACAGUUUAGAACUAUUUAGAGCUAUCCAGUACAAAUAAAGUUAGUUCAGUUUAGGUUCCUCCUGUAGUAACACUGGAUCAAUAAGAGAUGAUCCUUACUGGACCUCUAUAGGAAGAACAGUUUAGAACUGAUAGAGCUAUCCAGUAUAAAUACAGUUAGUUUAGUUUAGGUUUCCUCCUGUAGUAACACUGGAACAAUAAGAGAUGGUCCUUACUGGACCUCUAGGAAGAACAGCUUAGAACUGAUAGAACUAUCCAGUAUAAAUAAAGUUAGUUUAGGUUUAAUUUCCUCCUGUAGUAACACUGGAUCAAUACAAGAUGAUCCUUAUACUGGAUCACUAAGAAGAGCAGUUUAGAAUUGAUAGAGCUAUCCAGUAUAAACACAGUUAGUUAGUCUAUAUCUAUUAUAUUUAUCCAAGGUUGUUUGUUAAAACUGGAAGAAUACCAAGGCGAUGUCUUAGAAUGCCCGCGAUGCAAAGUGCGUUCGUUAUUGCCUCUGAACGGCGUGUUAGGUUUGCAGAAAAACUAUGAUCUGUUGAUGGCCGCCAUGGAAACGAACGAAGCCGAGCAGGAACUCUGCAAUUUUUGCAUCAGAAAACUGGUCUACCCUCCACGAACUGUGACCCUAAACUGCCGAGAUUGUGGUGUCCUGUUUUGUGGCCUGUGUUCUGAUGAGAUUCAUAAACAAGUCGAGUUUCGGACGCAUAAUAUAUGUCUAGCAAUUGCGGAAAAUGAUAUUAACGGGAACGACGUGAAGCCGGGACGUCCUAGGAGUGCUUUGCCAAGGAAUGGAUCGGGAAGGCCAGCUUUAAGGAGAUAUAACAGUUCUUUGGAUGCAUUACCAGGUAUGAGCUGGCUUACCAUCAACUAAUAAACGUAUAAAAAUAACUUGACCCCACUGGACCCCUUGCUCAUUGUUGGAAGCCUAUCGCAACUUAUUCACCUUAAUCUUUUUUCCCUAGCUUGUGUAAUUAACAUGGGCGUACCGGAAGGAAAAAAUUAGGGGGGCGGAAAGAAAAUUGCCCGACUUUUCGUGAUUUUGCCCGACUAGUACCAAAAAUUUUUUCCCGGAAAAUUUUUUUUGGCGACCUCCCCCCCCCCAAAAAAAAAUUUCGGUCAGUGUACCAUUUAAGGGGUCAAAAAAAUUUUCCGGACGGACCAAAAUUUUUCGGAGCAUCACAUAAAUUUUCCAAAAAACUACAUUUACCACAAAAUUGACUAAAUUUUUGAAAAAAAUGACAGAAUUUGUCCGAUUUUUUUUUAUAACAACCCAAAAUUGCCCGACUGUUAAUCGAAUAUUGCCCGACUGCCCAAAAAGCUGGGGGGGCUACCGCCCCCCCCCCCCGCCCGGUACGCCUGGUACGCCUAUGGUAAUUAAUAUUCAACCGUCAGUCGAAUCACAAAAAGACUUCGGUAGGACUUGAACCACAAUGGUACAUUACAACCUGUAGUCUUUACCACAAGACCACUUGCGCGUUGUCUGUAGCUUAUCGCAACUUAUUCACCUUAACCUUUUUCUCUAGAUUGUAUAAUUAAAAUUCAACCAUUUUAGAAUCACAAAAUGACUUCCGUAGGAUUUGAACCACAAUGGUACAUUACACAACCUGUAGUCUUUACCACUAGACCACUUGCUCGUUGUCGGUAGCCUACCGCAACUUAUUCACCUUAACCUUUUUCUCUAAAUUGUAUAAUUAAAAUUCAACCAUUUUCAAAUCAUCACAAAAUGACUUCUGUAGGACUUGAACCACAAUGGUACAUUAGAACCUCUAGUCUUUACCACUAGACCACUUGCUCGUUGUCUGUAGCCUAUCGCAAUUUAUUCACCUUAACCUUUUUCUCUAGAUUGUAUAAUUAAAAUUCAACCAUUUUCAAAUCAUCACAAAAUGACUUCUGUAGGACUUGAACCACAAUGGUACAUUAGAACCUCUAGCCUUUACCACAAGACCACUUGCUCGUUAUCUGUAGCCUAUCGCAACUUAUUCACCUUAACCUUUUUCUCUAGAUUGUAUAAUUAAAAUUCAACCAUUUUCGAAUCACAAAAUGACUUUUGUAGGACUUGAACCACAAUGGUACAUUACACAACCUGUAGUCUUUACCACUAGACCACUUGCUCGUUGUUCGUAGCCUAAACUUAGAUGUUUAUGACGUUGAAUAUGUUUGGCAUAACCAUUCAACUUGGAUGGUUAUGGGUAGUAUGUGUAGGUUUUUGUUCACAAUUUCAUCGAAAAUCGUUCAACAUUCCUGAUUUGUUGGACGAACAUUUUCAUAACAGGCGUUAACUAUAGUGUCUUAAUAUAUUUUCGUUAGAAUGUGAGGAACACAGUGAAAAAUUAAAACUCUACUGCAGUGAAUGCAAGAUGGUGUGCUGUACUUUCUGUCAAAUCGAGGGACGUCACAAGAAUCACAAAAUACUGCACAUCCACGAAGCAGAAGACCUCGACAAACGAAGCUUGUGUCGACUUCAGCAGAAAGUAGACGAAUACGGUGAGAAAUAUAUCAAAUCUCGAAGCGAUGUACAAAAGGCGAUCGAAGAAACGAAAAGAAAUGACGUGAAAGUCCAAGACAUUGUCAGGAGAUAUUUUCGUGAGUUGAGAAUGGCAAUUGAACAUGGCGAGAAAAUUAUUUUGGAGGAAGCUGGGAAACGGAAUAAAGCCACCUUAAGAUCACUUAACGAACAACUGAGGUGAGUAGUACUAUAGUGGUACACUUUGCGCCAAUGGCCUCAUUUACAUGUUUUGCGCACGAUUAAAAUGUGCAUUAUAGUAAGAGAUUUUGUUCAACAUUUUAUGCGCUAUUUUAUUUCAAGUAGAAAAAAUUCGCAUUUCAUUGUCAAACACUUGUCCCAUUUCCCCGCAAAAUAAUUACUACUCCCGAACGCCUCCCUAACCAAAUAUCUUAUUUUCAGUUCGAUGAUCGAUAUAUCAAGCCGCGCCAAGACCGCCAGUCGACGAUGUGACGAAAUUUUAAGCCUGGAUUAUUUUGACCUGAUGGACGUGAAAAAAGAAGUUGAGAAUGAUGUGAAGAAUGUUCUUCAGAUGGAAUGUAAAACUGCGCCAUGCGCAUCCCCCAAACUGCAAUGUCAGUUUCCCAAUCAUGAAACAUUACUUAACGAACUGAGAACAUGCGCGAAAAUUGUUACAGGUAAGUGAAAAAAUGCACUGAUACAAUAUAAUAUAAUAUAAUUCCUUACUGGACUACAUUUCAAGUCGUCGCAUUUUGAUCCAAACCAUACCAUACCGUACCGUACCAUAUCUUACCUUAUAUGAUUUUCCAAAACCCGACUACAAUUGCCUUUCAGUCCCAGAUGCACCUCUUCAGUUAUUUUGUAAACUGACUGAGCCAAGGAUCAUAUCAAUCCAAUGGAGUCCUCCUCCAACAAAUCCAUUCGUAUAUCCAGUACAAGAAUACAUCCUACAGAGUAACACAGGUAAGAAUUCGGGCUGAACGAUGUUUAUAUAACUAACUUUAUUUAUACUAGAUAUUUGCACUAAAACUGUUCUCCCUAGAGGUCUAGUAAGGAUCAUGUCUUAUUGAUCUAGUGUUACUACAGGAGGAAACCUAAACUAACUUUAUUUUUCCAUGUGCAAUACAACGUUUGUUCUAAACUGUUCUGCAGCGGUCCAAUAAACUUGUUCUAUUUUCUAAUUUUUUCCUAUAUUUUCCAUAUCAGGGGAAGACAAUGGGUUUGUGCUUGUUUACAAAGGAAGUUCGACUACGGUGUUACUGAACACCGAAGAUGGCAAGGUUCUCCGUGAUGUCAAAUGCAAGUCAGAGAAACAGAUAAAUAAACUGGAAAAUCGCGUACAAUUUCGCGUCGCUGCUAUUAAUAUUAUUGGCCAGAGCAACUGGAGUUCACCGUUUGCUAUACGAGUGCACGAGCGUUCAACACUCACUGACCUGGUGUUUAAAUAGAGUAGUAAAAAAGCCUACCGAGGAACAAGUGGAAUUUCAGAAAUUUUCCACAUUGUACCAGAAAGUUAACCUAUUGAUCGCCUACAACAUAACAUAAUCUUAUCUACUUUACUCACUUUUAUUUUUAAAAUUCUCCCAGGAUGAAUACUCCUCAUUGAACACAUAUAAGCUAUUUAUAUAGACAAUUUAAAGUCCGAUGGAAUCGGGUGCAAAUGGAGAAAAUUUCUAACACAAGGCACCAGCUCAUUUCAUCGAAUUUCACCGGGCUUUAAAUCCUCUAUAAAUUGUUAAAACGUGUUAAAUGGGAUAAAAUAAGUAACAAUAUACCGUUGGCUUUCAUCCUGUGUGAAUAUUUAUGGAGAAAAAGCAUAAAACGUAUUUCAAAAUUUUCUCACCCAAUAAAGGAUUAAGACCACUAGCUUAGCUAUAAUAAGUUCGGUAUCUUGAACAUGUGCUCGAGCGCAGGUAAAAGACCCUGGCUAGCGAGGUUGGUGCUCCAGUGGUCAAAACUACCGACGUCAACAGGCGUCAAAUGAGUGAUGGAUCGAUUCUCGCCGAACAAUAUUUUUAUAUUUUAACACUAAGAAAUAUUUGGAAAAUAUUUGACGAUUUCAUGUCUCAUGGAAUCAGGUGUAAAUAGAGAAAAUUUCACACAAGGCACCGGCCCAUUACGCCGGAAUUCACCGGGCUUUGAAUCGUUUUAAAACAGUUUAAAUAUGUCCAUUAGGGAAGAAUAAGUAGGAAUCCACCGUUGGCUUUCGUCCUGGGUUACUAUUUUAGGGAAAAAAAGAUAAAAACGUAAUUUUAAAUAUCGCUCAAUGAUAAAGGAAAAAAUUUGUCCAGGGCGAAACCUGUAAUCAUUACCACUAGACCAAGAGUUCGGAGUUGUAAACUAACCACAACUGAACUAAGUGGUCUUAAUCUUUCGUUCAUUACGCAUAUUUUAAAUGGAGAAUCAGUCCGGAUCGAAUUUGAUACAAGGCACCGGCUCAUUUCACCGAAAUUCACCGGGCUUUAAAUCGUCUUAAAAUUAUUUAAAUAUGUUCAUUAGGGAAGAAUAUGUAGAAAUCUACCGUUGGCUUAAUUCGUCC